GAUGUGGAUAAGAGCAUGGAGGAUGUUGAACAGAGUGAUGAGGAAGAGGAGGCUUUUGAGAUUAUGAAGACUCCAUUUGAGAGGGCUAUUGAGGGGACUGCAAAGGUAAGGGCCGUACCGGUUAUGACGAUAUGCUUGUCGCGGGUACGGGUUGAGAGUUUACGGAGGGAGUAUGGGUAA